AUGCCAUGUGAAAUAAUCAAUGGAUAUGCAAAAGGAUUUGGAUUGGAGAAUUCUAUAGAUAUUCCUACGGAAACAAAUCAUGCAUGGAAUGCUGUUGAAAUCGAUAGUCACUGGUAUUUAAUUGAUUCAACAUGUGGUACUGACCAUGUAGAUGAAACAAAACAAUUCAAACAUGAAUUAACAUCUUUUUAUUUUUUUUCCACGUCCAAAUCAAAUGAUUUAUCAUCAUUUACCUAA